AUGUACAAGAAUGUUGAGGUCCAAUUAGGCCAAAUAGCAAAUGCAGUUAAUAAUCGCAACCAAGGGAAUUUACCUAAUAAGAUUGAGGUGAACCCAAGGGAGCAUGUGAAGGCUAUUACCCUCCGUAGUGGUAAGGAAGUAGGUGAGCCGCCUGUAGUUGAAAGUGAGAGAGAAUGUGAAAGAAGAGAAAACAAACAGUUGAGUGAGUUAGGAGAGGAUAGUAAGAAAAUUAAAGGGAAAGAAAAGGUGAAAGAAAAUGAGUCACGAAUUGCAGAUACAACACCAAUUCCUUCAGCGUUGCCAUUUUCUCAAAGAUUGAAACCUUCGAGAAAUGACAAAGAAUUUGAGAAGUUUGUCAACAUUUUCAAACAAUUACAUAUUAACAUUCCUUUUGUUGAUACUAUUUUGCAGAUUCCUUCAUAUGCAAAAUUUCUCAAGGAUAUAAUGACUAAAAAAAGGAAAUUAGUAGAUAAUGAGACAAUUACAUUAACGGAAGAAUGUAGUGUCAUUAUACAAAAUAAAUUGCCACCAAAGUUGAAAGAUCCAGGGAGUUUCACAGUUCCUUGCACUAUUGGUAAUGUUGAAUUCUCUAAAGCACUUUGUGACCUUGGUAUGAGUGUUUCAUUGAUACCUUUAACUGCGGCUAGGCAAUUGGGGUUGAAAGAGUUAAAACGUACUAGCAUUUCCUUGCAAUUGGCUGACAGAUCUAUUAGACAUCUAAUAGGCAUAUUGGAGAAUGUGCUCAUUAAAGUAUAA